UACGAGUCCCAGAAAGCCCCGCGCCGCGGGGUAGCCUGGGAAUCGUAUUCCGCUAUGGCGUCUCGCGGCCGUCCGCGUGCGCAAGCUUGAGAAAAUACCGGGCCGGGCCCGGCCAGCUCAGGAGCCCGCGGCGCUUGGGCCGGGCGCGGCCGGGCUGUCAGGCGGCACGACGGCUGCGCGCCGCGCGGUGCUCUUCUGGCACGUAUCGGGCUGCGUAUUGGGUGCCGCGCACGGCUGCGUUCUUCCCUGUGCGGCGGAACCAGAGGCGCCGUGCACGUUCCCGCCCGGACCGCCGAGGCGGAGCCCAGCCGGAGCGCUGCCCGGUACGCAGGAAGCGCCGCGUCCCGCACGGCCGGCCUUCCUCCUCGCCUGGCCUGCAACGUCGGUUCCUGGAACGACCUGCAGCAAAACAUCCCGCGGUGGAUAAAUAAUUACAGAGCGCGUCGAGGCUUUACCUCUCAGUACAGCACGGUGAGAAGCGCACGUCUGAAUGCUGAGCGCGGCCUGCGGCACGAGCUGAGCUACUCGCGGUUCGGCCAGCCACCCGCUUGGCUGCUGUUUCAGGACCCGGACAAAGCAAGCAUGUUCCAUCUCAUACAGCGGUGCUGCUCCCGCACGCCUCUUCAACUGCAGAAGCUAACUGGUCCCAGACUACUCCUGCAUGGAAAGAAUAAGACAAGGUGCUCCUCUCCCUGUCUCUCCCUGCAGAGAAAUGUUUGUCUUCUCUCAAGACCUCUGAGCCUCAGCAGACUAUCGGUGUGUGCAGUCAAACUCCAGGCUUUUCACACGUCUUUCCCACUCUUAAAGAAAAAGCCUCCCCAAGAACCUCCUCGAGAGCCAGGCCUGUUGCGACAGAGUAUGAAAUCACUGAAGGAUUCUCCAAAGCCAGCCCUUUACUUAAGCCUUGCAGGGCUAAUUCCACUUGUUUCUAUGCCGCUAUUAAUGGUUUUCCAAAGGACCUACCACCCAGAGCUGGCAUUUGUUCAGGUUACGUAUGGUGCUGUCAUCGUCUCUUUCAUAGGGGGAAUGAGGUGGGGAUUUGCUGUCCCAGAAAACAGCCCAGCCAAGCCAGACUGGCUGAACCUGGCCAACAGCACCAUUCUUCCUCUGCUCGCCUGGCAAGCCUUGCUUUUUAAAGAUAUCGCUAGCAGUGCAGUAAUGAUUGUACUGAGCUUAGGGAUAGCAUUACACUACGACCUUUCCCUUCUUCCUACCUAUCCUCUUUGGUUUAAAGGACUGAGGAUAGUGGUAACAGUGGUGGCAGUAUUAUCACUGUUAGCUACUUUAGCCGUGAAGAUGGUUUCUGAUCAUGAGAAUUUAAUUAACAGCAGACCCGAAAAGCAGAACACAAAACAAUAAAGCAAGGGGAAAAAGCUGUUUAUUUGUUAAUAAUGUAUUUGCAUUGAGGUCAUAUGGAAAUAAAGACUUAUUUGUGCUCAGAAGUCAUAA